GCGUGGAGGCUGGCCAAACAAAACGAUGUCGCCAUUCAAAAACUCCCGAACCCAGAACGCCUGAGCGCCAUUUUGUAACUUCGUUCUUCUUCCUGCUCUGCUUCUUCAAUCUCUGAAAAAGCCCUAAAACCUUUACUGGAAACCCUAGAAAUUAGUGCUUGGAAUGGACAUGCAGAGGCGCGUGGCGGUGUGCACUGAGAACGAGGGCCUUGUGGCGUACAUGUGGAGCAAGAGGCAGGAGCUUGCGGAGAAGCCCAAAGGGAUCUCCGAGAACGUUGACAUGACUCUUUCAAAGGCUUACUCCAAUAUGUGCAACUCCAAAACCCCAAUCAAGUCCCUCAAAGACCUCUCUCAGAUCAAGGGUGUGGGCAAAUGGAUCCUAAGACUUAUGCAAGGGUUUUUUGAGACUGGUUCAGGUGCUUCUGAACCAGAAGACUUAUCUAAAGAAGGUAAGAGAAGGAAAGGAACCAAACGUUAUGUACCACAAAAGAAUUCCGUUGCAUAUGCCUUGUUGAUAGCCCUGUACAGGGGGAUUGCAAAUGGGAAUGAAUUUAUGCGUAAACAGGAGCUAAUUGAUGCAGCUGAAGCAAGUGGACUUUCUCGGGUGCCAAUUGCGCCAGAAAAGGGAAAAGGAAAACCGGGGCAAUUUGGAAGUUCUCCAAAGGAUUGGUAUAGUGGGUGGAACUGCAUGAAGACAUUGAUAACCAAGGGAUUAGUUGUUAAAUCGAGUUGCCCUGCAAAGUACAUGCUAACCCAAGAAGGUCAGGAAGUAGCACAUGACUGUCUCAUGAGAUCUGGUUUGGCUGAUCCAGCUGAUAGCUUGGCUAAUACAGAAGGCUUUUCUGAUAAGGGGGCACAUGGUAUGCCAAAUCUGGAUUUGGUUCAACUUGACGUGGAUAUAGAUGUGAUGCCCGCAUCUAGGGGUUUAAGUCAGCAGAAGAAAUUACCGAUAAAAAAAAGUCAGCAGAAGAAAUCAAUUGAUGUGCCAUUUGAAUCACUUGAGAGGUUUAUGCGCAUGGGAUACUCUAAGGAUCAAGUUCUUAGUGCUUUCACUGAAGUUUCCAAGAGUUCUCAGACGAAGGAGAUCUCAUCACUCUGGCCAGCAGUUUUGUGUCGUCUUCGAGAGGACCAAGUUUAUGGUCACAGACAUGUUGUUGGAAGUGAGAGUAGACUGACAGAUCAUUCUCAAGAUGACGGUGGGCAUAUGCCAGAAUUAUAUUCUAAUAACACAGCACCAAACUCUUCUACCUUGAGAGAAUUAUAUUCUAAUAACACAGCACCAAACUCUUCUACCUUGAGAGCUUGCUCAUCAUCUUCAUGUGAUCGUCCUGUGCAAAAGUCAAGGAUGGAUGGUUUAAAAGGAAAUAUGAAUGUUUUAAGCAUGCCACCUCUGAGCUUUGGUGAGAGAUUUGAGGAUGCAUAUGAAGUGACCUUGAUAUUGGAUGAUCGAGAGCAGUUUGCCACUCAGGGUAACUAUAUAUUGGGUUUUAGCUCGCGGUCGAGGAGAAUUAUCGAGAAUAUAUGUAGUCAAUUCAGAAUCAAAAUAGAGGUUAGACGGUUACCAGUUGGAGAUGGAAUCUGGAUAGCUCGCCAUAAAUAUGUUGACAGUGAAUACGUACUUGAUUUUAUUGUUGAAAGGAAGAAUGUUGAUGAUUUACGCUGUUCCAUCAGGGAUAAUCGAUAUAGGGACCAAAAACUGAGGCUUUUGAGGUGUGGACUUAAGAAGCUGAUAUAUCUUGUGGAGGGGGACCCAAAUUCUUCCGAAGCUGCCGAAAGCAUCAAAACAGCUUGUUUUACUACAGAGAUUCUGGAGGGAUUUGAUGUGCAGCGAACAACUGGUUUGGCUGAUACUCUAAAGAAGUAUGGUUAUCUUACCCAAGCAAUAUCUCACUACUAUAACUCAGUGUUGCCUGAGGACUGCACUAAGGGCGCAGGAGUAUGCCCUCCUUAUGAUGAGUUUGUCAAAAGGUGCCAAGACCUGGAUAAAGUUACAGUCAGCGAUGUGUUUGCAAUUCAACUCAUGCAGGUCCCACAAGUUACAGAGGAUGUCGCCAUUGCUGUUUUGGAUUUGUACCCAACACUUCUAUCUCUUGCCCGUGCCUACUCUCUUCUUGAGGGCGACCAAAGUGCACAAGAGGAGAUGCUUAGCAGACAGAGUAAAGAUGUGAUCAGUUUAGUUGCUAGUAAGAAUAUAUUCUACUUAGUCUGGGGCAACUGAGUGUUUUAAUCCCCUUGAACUAACAAGGCUUCAUGGAUCCUGAAGAUUGUGUAUUUCAUGAAGCAAAAGCAAUCUGCUUCAAACUUCGAAGAGAUUUUGCAAUAUGCAAUGUAAAUAAGAGAUAGAUUGUGUACUGUGUAGGGUUUGCUGAAGAGUUUCUUAUGUUGAGCAGUGUUCUGUUUAAAUGUUAGGACUUAGACGUUAUUUCACAUUUUCUAUUGAAAUGCUCAGAAAAGAUAGGCCAAUCAAUCUUAUUCUCUAA